AUCAUCAGACGAUUUUUGUUUCUAUUUUGGAUGAUUUAGAUCGAAAUUGAAGGUUAAAAAUUAUUCUAAUUUGUUGUUUGUUCAACGAACUAAAAAGAAAAAUGUGUGAAUCAAUCGAUAAGAAUCUUACAACAAUCGGUAAAUAUCUAUUUGAUAAUGGUCAAAUCAACGAACAAUUAAGAGAUGAAAUUUUUCUGAUUGAAGCUAAAACUGGAAAACAAUUAAAAUAUGGUGAACUUGAAGAUAAUGCACAUUCAUUAGCAAUGGCUAUGCUUACCGAUUUUGAAUUUAAAUCCAAUGAUAUUUGUUCAAUAAUGACAGAAAGUUGUUUGGAAUAUGCAAUCAUUAUUAGUGCUUGUCUUUUGCUGAAUGUUCCAUAUACAUCGAUAACACCUGCUUCUGGUCCAUUCGGUCUCGGUGAACAAUUGGAUCAAACUAAAGCAAAAUGUUUAUUCAUAUCCAAUGAAAAUUAUUCUAAAUUAGAACAAGUAUAUCGACAAUCGAAUCGUCAACAUCUUCGUAAUCAUGUUAAAAUUGUUGUCAUUGAUGAUGAUGAAUCAAUUGAUAAUGAACACGGUUUGCAAAAGAUUACAUUUGAUAAAUUGAUUUCAAAAUUCAAAAAUCAAAAAAUAUCAUCAAUACCAUAUUAUGGUAAUGAUCAAUCAUCGAUAGAUGAUUUGGUUACAAUAAUAUUUACAUCCGGAUCUACUGGACAACCAAAAGGUGCUUGUCAUACAAAUCGAUCAAUGUUAACGAAUGCAAUUGAAAUGAAAUCCAAUGAAUCAUUGAUCAAAUAUUGUCAUCAAACAAUAUUGCUUACAUUUCCAUUGGGUCAUGUUAGUGGAAAUUGUAUACUAUUUUUAGCACUUAUUUCAAAAACACCGGUCGUAUUAUUGAAUUAUAGCGAUAUUGAACAGAUAUUUAAUGUGAUUGAAAAAUAUCAAUGUGUUCAGAUAUUUGGUUCGGCUAAUAUUGUCAAUAUAUUGGCCAAAAAUGAUUUGACAAAUAGUUCAAAUAUAUCAUCUGUAAAGAUGGUGCUAACAGCUGGAUGUAAAUUACCAACAAGUACGGCAGAAAUUUUAACAAAAAAUCAUGGAAUUGAAAUUUUAGAUGCAUAUGGAUGUACUGAAUGCCUUUUUGUAUCAAUCGGUAUCAAAAGUAAUAAUGUAGGCAAACCGUUACCUUCUUUUGAAUUGAAAUUGAUCGAUAUUGUGACGAAAAAUGAAUUGGCAAAAAAUUCAUCUGAACAAACAGGUGAAAUAUGUUUACGUGGUCCUUGUCGUUUUCGUGAAUAUUAUGGUAAACCAGAUGAAACAAAAAUGGCAAUCGAUAAUGAUGGCUGGUUUCAUACGGGCGAUGUUGGUUUUAUUGACAAUGAUGGUUGUCUUCAUAUUACUGAUCGAAUUAAAGAAAUGAUUAAAUAUAAAAGUUGGUCAGUAUUUCCAGCCGAAAUUGAAUCAUUUUUUAUGCAACAUAAUGAUGUUACCGGUGUUGUUGUUGUCGGUGUUAAACACAAAGAAUACUAUGAAGUUCCAAGAGCAUAUAUUAGUGUAAAAUCCGAAUCAUCGAUUACAGUUGAACAAUUACAACAAUAUGCUAAUGAUAAUCUUGGUUAUCAAAAACAAUUACUUGGUGGUAUUAUAAUUUUAGAUCGAUUAAAUUAUAAUCAAAUGGGUAAAAUUGAUCGACGUUUUUAUAAAGAUUUAUGUUCGAAUGAAAUUCUUGAUAUUGUUGGUUGAACAAACAUAAAAAUCGAACGUCAAAAAAUUAUGGAAUUCGA